AUGGUGCUUUGGGGUAAAUUCGCCUGUGAUGUUUGUGAGGCUAUGCAGGUUCGAGAUGAGCAUUCAAUUGUCUUAGUUUUACGCUUUGGGAAAAUCAAAGUGUGGAAAGAAGAUAGAAGUGUGAGCAAUGCCUACAAGAUCACCGAAAUUGGGUUGAAUCCUCCAAUGAUUGAAGUAGGGAAGUUCAUUGCAAUUUUGCCUAGGGAUGAACUACCUUUAGCCAUUGUGGAGUCUAAGAACUCGGCUAUAGUGAAUGGUGUUUCAGCUAAAGAUGAUUUCUUUAUACUUACACCAAGAAAAACAAUUGCUCAGAUUCUGGAAACAAAACAGAUUGAAGAAACAAAUCUGCUCCCACCCGCACUUAACAAUAUCAUUGGUGAAACGUUCUUAUUCAAGAUUCAAAUUGAAAGGGAGAAUUUUGUUUACAAACAGGAAACCUACAAUGUUCUCAAGGUCAUCACAAACAAGGAUUUGAUAUCCGAUUUUGAAGAAAGCCACUCUGCAAAUGAAAGUGAAGAUGGCCAAUUUCAUGAUAUGGAAACUCAAUCAGAUGCACCGGAGGUCUCUCUUGCUAUUCAAGGUUUAGUUUCAAAACAGUCUGAAUCUUUUGAUCUGACUCCAGCUAAAAGAAUUAGGGCAGUGAACAUUGAUACCAAAGAAAUCCUUGACGACAAUUCUGUGACAAGGAGUGUCAGUUCCGUGAAGAUUAAGAAGGAGAAGUUUGCUAAAAGUGACUGA